GCCAAAAGAAAAAAAAUAUUGUAGAUUGAUUAGUAAGAAGGAAAAUAGUGGAAAUACAUUGAAUUCGAUUGCAAAAAAUCGUGUAAUUUGUUAAUUCUCAGCACAAAAAAUUAAAAAACAACAUUUGAACGUUUAUAAAAUAAUCUUCGAAAUCGAAGUUUUCCCUCGGCAUUUGUGUUUUUGCAACAAUUUUCACGGAACAAAGAGAAAACAAGUUGGGCCAAACUAAUACGAGUAGACUGGCUGUCAAAAAAUAAGAAGAAAAAAAAAAAAACAGCAAACGAAAAGAAUUAAAUUCAAGGCAACAAAAUACUAGCUACGAAAUUCAUUUGAUAUUGUGCCAAUACAAAUUAUCCAAUUGGAAAUAAAAAGGAAUUGUCCUUUAUUUUCUUUACGGUGGAGUGGUAAUAAGAUACCCUCCCAAUUAAGUGUAUCCAAUAGACUGAUAUUCUUCGUUCGGAGUCAUUGAGAUAGUUUUAUUGCAUCUUUCGUCUCCGGCAAAAAAAAAAAAUAAAAGAAAGAAAGGCGAAAGUGUUGCGUGAGUGUGUGCGUUCUAUUGCAUUUUACUCUUUUGGUGUAUCUACUACGUUUCAUCCAUCACAUCCACCACAAGGCUUACACUACGAGACGAACGAACAUGGCCAAUACUCUGGAGGAACAACAAAGUCUACGAGAAUGUGAAAACUACAUACAAUCUCAUGGCAUACAACGCGUGCUCAAGGAUUGCAUUGUGCAGCUGUGUGUCAGCCGCCCCGAAAAUCCAAUACAAUUUUUAAGACAGUAUUUUCAGAAAUUAGAAAAGGAACAAGUCAAACUUGAUUCCACCAAACAGGUAACCAGCCCUGACGAUUGUGAAGAUCUCAGUCCAAUGCCACAAACAGCCGCCCCACCAGUACGCCGACGUGGCGGUAUUUCCGCCGAACCCGUUAGUGAAGAAGACGCCACCAGCUAUGUGAAAAAGGUCGUACCCAAAGACUACAAAACAAUGGCUGCCCUGUCCAAGGCCAUUGCCAAAAAUGUGCUCUUCUCACAUUUGGACGAAAACGAACGUUCGGAUAUUUUCGAUGCCAUGUUUCCCGUUACACAUUUAAUGGGCGAGAAUAUCAUACAGCAGGGCGAUGAGGGUGACAAUUUCUAUGUGAUCGAUCAGGGUGAAGUGGAGGUUUUCGUCAAUUCGGAAAUGGUUACCACAAUUGGUGAAGGCGGCAGUUUUGGUGAAUUGGCCUUGAUCUAUGGUACACCAAGAGCAGCUACUGUACGUGCCAAAACUGAUGUCAAGCUGUGGGGCAUUGAUCGUGAUUCGUAUCGUCGAAUUUUGAUGGGUUCCACCAUACGCAAACGUAAAAUGUACGAAGAAUUCCUAUCGCGUGUUUCGAUUUUGGAGAGUUUGGAUAAAUGGGAACGUUUGACGGUGGCCGAUGCCUUGGAAACGGUUACAUUCGAUGAUGGUGAAACGAUUGUUAAACAGGGUGAAGCUGGUGAUGAUUUUUAUAUUAUUGUGGAAGGCUGUGCUGUUGUAUUACAAAUACGUGCUGAGCAAGGAGACGAACCCGCUGAAGUUGGACGUUUGGGUCCAAGUGACUAUUUUGGCGAAAUUGCUUUGUUAUUGGAUAGACCACGUGCUGCUACCGUUGUUGCUAGAGGACCCUUGAAAUGUGUUAAAUUAGAUAGAGCGAGAUUUGAACGUGUAUUGGGACCCUGUGCAGAUAUUUUGAAACGCAACAUUACCCAAUACAACAGCUUCGUUUCAUUGUCCGUUUAAAUUUUUUGCAAAAUACGGAAAUUACACAACAAACAAAAAUUAAAUAAUAUUUUGGAUAUGUGUGAAAACAACAACAACAAACAAAAACAUAAUUUAUUAAAACAAAAACAACAAAAUAUAUAUUAAAAAAAACAAAUCAAACAUCUUUUUAAAUGUUUAAAACAAAAAAUAAAUAAAAUACUGAAAUAUUUAUAAAAGAAAUAAAACAAACAAACAAAAAGAGAACAACACACUUUGUAAAAUACACUACUAAUCAACGUAAAACAAAAACCAACAUCAACAUCAAAAGGGGAAGGUAUAAUACAUGGAGAAACCAAAAAAAAGAAGGAAGAAUAUUGAAACCAAAAUUGCAGCCAAGAAUAAAUGUUUUGAAGAAAAAACAACAAUGUAUUUAUGUAAUGCAAGCUACUUCAAACUCAUGCAGCUCAUUUACAAAACAAACCAACAACCCACACCACCUCAGUUGAAAAGUUAUAGAUUUUGCAUAUAGGACCCCCCCAAUGAGAAAAGAAACAUAAUCCUCUACCAUGUCGAUGCGCUCUCAUUUGAUGUUUUACUUGUUAAGCUAUUUUUCAUUUCAAUGUAAAAUUAAAAUCCUUAAAAAAAAAAACAUUCAAAUUGCUAAUGUUUUUAAGAAGAGAAUACUGUGGUUCAAAAGUUUGCGACAACUAAUAUCUAUCGAGCAUGAUAUGCCACCUCAUAAUUAACAAAAAAAAAACAGAAGUAUAUUUGAAGAACACAAUGUAAUACAAAGGAACUGAACAAUCUUAAUUCUAUUAAGAUAAAAAACUCUUUAUACCCAAAAAUAAAACCUACAUUACUUUCCGAAAUAAAACAUAUAAGAAAUGUAGUUGACAUUUUGGCAAAUUUUAAACAUUUAAAACAUGACAAAAAACCAACAAAACCAAAUCGCAGAAAAACGAACUGGUUGAUUUAAAAAAUGUUACAGAUGUCAAAGGCUGUAGACUUUUAAGAGCAAAUUACAAAGUUGACAAGACACAGAUUCCUGAAAUGGAAUGAAACAUUUAGAAAGUUAAAACCUACUUAUUUUUAAAAUAUCUCACAGCUCUUGUUAUCUUCUUAAGGUUCUGUUAAAUCAGUACUCUUCAAAAUCGGCAUUUCAUAAUGAAAUAUUUUAGCCUGAAAGAAUUUUAAUAGCCUGUUCACAGAACUUUUUUAAGGCAGACAAGCAGUUGCCACCCAGACAAUCAAGUUUUUAUUUCAGUUCAUUUAUUUUUUUCGUCUGGGAGUAAAAGCUGCUGUCAAAAAUUUCUUUAUGUUUCCAAAAAGAAAAUUUGUUAAUUUUUUUUUAAUGAUUGCAUCCAUAAUCCUCGCGGACAUAAACCCCAUUGCAAUUAUGGGGAUUUUGCCCGGUUUUGCGCCUAAUUUUGCGUGGGGUUAGAAUUUAGAACAGCGAAAAAGCGCACCUGUUGAGAUUGACACAGCACAGCGGAUGAAAUGGACCAUACCUUUUGUGUGAAAUAUCAAUUUUCAAACACAAUAUUUUACUUUGUUUAAAUUUUGUAAAUGAACGAUUGAUAUUUUUUGAUUGUCGUCUUUGGCAAUACUUUUUUUGUGUUGGAAUUAGUUGACCCAAAAUUUGCCUAUAGAAAAAAGCUAUUUUUGUUUUCUUACGUACGAAAACAAAAAAUUCUAUUUGUCUGUAAUUUGCCUUGCAAUUGGAAGAAAAAUAAUUUUGGUGAACAGGCUGUAAAUAUUCAAUUUGUUUGUUGCAUAUAUGAAACUAAAGUAUAGUACUCUGUUUUAAAAUGUGCUAAAUUGUAAUUACAUUUCACAUCAAUAAAUAAAUAGAUGAUAUUGAAAAAAAAGUUCUGGAGAAAUGUAUGGUUUUAAAAAUGUAUUUAUAUUUUUCUUCUUUUUUUUAAGAAAUCAUAAAACAGAAACCCUUAAACAAAAAUCCUUAUAAAUGUAUUUGCUGGAUUUCCAAAACAAUAUGAUAUCUGUUUUAUGAAAAAAAAAGAAAUUAAUUGAAAUUUAAAAUAGCAAUUGAAAAUAAUGGUAUUUUCAAACAAACAAGAAUAUUUAUCAUUAAAACCUAAAAAAAACUGUAUUUUUUGAAAUGUUUCCAUUUCUGUAAAACUUUUCAUUAUUUUCUUUUAUAUUUUGUUAGCAGCCGUAUAAUUUUGUUUUGGUUUUAUUUUAUUAUUUUAUACACAUUUUUGUUUUAAAUCAUCAUUAUUAUUAUUAUUAUAUUAGCAUCUAUUAGUUUACUAUUAUAAUAUAUUAAAAAAAAAAAAACAAACAAAUUAAUAAAUAAAUCAAUGAAAAUAGUCAGCAUUGGUCUGACAAUUUCUAUAGAAAUGAAAA